AUGGCGGAGAAUGUGGCUCGCGAUCUUGUUCUUCCAGGCGCGACACUUCACGCGGAUGGAUCUUUCUCGCGCCAGGCUAUCCGUCAUCCUGUUUCAGCGAGAUCGGAUUCAUCUAGUUCGAUUGUUUCCAGGGAUGUGACCAUCGACGAUGGCCUCGGCCUGUGGGCGAGGAUCUUCCUGCCCAAGCGGCUCAAAGGCGAAUGCGUGGAUCCAAAUGCCCUAAAAUCCCCAGUGCUGAUGUACUUCCAUGGCGGUGGCUUCGUCGCGAUGAGCGCUAGCUUCUUUGGUUUUCAUGACUUCUGCGAGGAGAUUUCCAGGUGGCUGGGAGUGCUCGUCGUCUCCGUGGAAUACCGACUAGCGCCCGAGAAUCGCCUCCCAGUGGCGUACGAGGAUGGAUUUGCGGCGCUCAAGUGGCUGGGACAAGAUCAGGGAGGGCUCAGCGACCCAUGGCUCGCGGCCCAUGCCGAUCUCUCCAGCGUGUUCUUGGUGGGGGAUAGCUCUGGUGCCAAUCUCGCGCAACAUUUGAGCGUCCGGGCGGCCGCUCCUGCGAGCUGGGGCGAUCUGGGACCCGUGCGAAUCGUGGGCCGCGUGUUGAUCCAGCCCACUUUCGCGAGCGUGGCGAGGAAGCCGUCGGGGAUGCUGCGCGACGAUCCAAGCAAGGUCUCGCCCAGCACGCUGAUGAUGGAUCGGUUCUGGGAGCUGGCUCUGCCGAUUGGGGCGAGCAGAGAUCAUCCUUUCUGCAACAUCGCGGUGGCAAGGGGCGAUCUUGCGGGGAUCCUCCUGCCCCGGACGCUUGUCGUUGUGGGAGGGCUGGAUGUUCUUCGCGAUCACGGCGUGGAGUACUCCGGGAUUCUCCGCGAGUGUGGCAAAAAUGUCAAGCUUGUUGAGUUUGAGAGCUGUGAUCACGCAUUCUACUUGAACGGUAGUACGGAGAGCACGUCCAAACUCAUGGAUUCCUCGUUCUUACACGACUAGAUGCGUGAACUUGCAGUACGGAUAAAGCUUUAUUUUAUGUACGGACA